CAGCAACACAUGGCUCAUGGACAGUUUGAUUCUGGGGCAAGAUUCGGAGCUGGAGCUAGUAUGAAUAUUCCCGUAAGUAUACAUGUAUAAUUUGAUUCUAAAAAUGCAGAGUAAUGAAUAAAACCAAAUACAAAUGGAAGAAAAAUGCAAACAGAAUUAUUCUGGUUUUGCAUGAACUGAUAAAACUCGUACAUAUCAAAUAAUGUGUACCUUAAUUUAUACAUUUAUUCCAGCCUCCUCCUCCUGGUGUGAUGCCUACGCACACUCAAAUGGCCGCAGCACAUGGACAGCCUGUUGCUAUGCAACAACCAAAGGCUGGAUGGUUGGAAGGAGCUCGUGGUGGUGGUUACACAUUUUGGUGAAAUGUUGCAUUUGAAUUAAGACUUGUUCAUAAUUUCUUAUUUGUGGAUUUAUAUAGACAUAGUGGAGCAUUUUGACUGCAUUUACUGUAUAUAUGUACACAAAUUGCAUCCAUUAAAUUUGAGUGAAUAUGAGGGUAGCGGUCAAAUUAUGUAUUCCAUCAAAUGAGAUUUUGUGAUUAAGCACAUCAGCACAAUGUUAUAAAUACAUGGCCAUCAAUUGAAUACGAAUAUAAACAAAAUUUGUGAAAAUAAGUUAGUGUUGUAAUCAAUGUAGUGUUGUAAUCGUAGUUAAAAUUUUGGAAAUAAGUAGUAUAUAUUUCAUAUAAUCUCAAACGUAGUUACUGUAGUACAGUAUAUUGUAGGUAGCAUGCAAUUGCCUGUAACUGUCGUGUAUAUCUGAUGUCGAAUUACUGUUGGAAGACGAAGUAACUGACGGAAGUAACCCUAAUCACAGCCCUAUCCCUAACCUUAAAGGUCCAGACACACCGGACGCGAUUCGACAACGCGACGCGAUUUUUCGAUUUUCACUGACCGAUAACUUUGAUCCUAGUUUAAAUUUUCCAAAUAUUUAGAAGCGCUAUAACAUUUUGAGUUAUUUGGUAGACAUAUCUUUUAAAAUUUGCUCUCAUUGGUUGCUUUAUUAACUUUCAAAAACUAAAAAAUCGCGUCGCGUUGUCGAAUCGCGUCCGGUGUGUCUGGACCUUAACGGUUGUGAUCGUAACAUAACGAUAUAUAACCCAAAUAGUGAUUGACUGAUUGUCCCACAAUCCGAAAUUACCGAUCGAAAAUUAUUCAUGCAACGAUAUACCCGAUACCGUUUUUUUUGUUUUGUUUUUUUACCGUUUUUUUGUUGUUGUUUUUUUUAAGGUGAGCGAAACAAUAUCUCUCCGUUGCAAUAAUUCCUCUGAAAAUAACGUUCCUAAAAGGUGCGGAUAGGUGUCUUUUUACGUCGCUACGGAAAACUAUCCGGUACAAGUGUAAACGUAGCCUUAGUGACAUCGUAAUGUCAGUCGACCGAGUCACAG